ACUGAGAUCACAUGUAGAGGGGAGAUCAUCCAGCCCAGCGUUGUCAGAUUCCUGUGCACAAUCACAAACUGCUCAGAUGCAGAGAGAGAGAGUGGGGCAGAGAGCAGAACAGAUCGAGGGAGAGAUGCAGGGAGUGGGAAACUGAGGUAAAGGAAAGCGUUUGGAGAGGGGGCAAAAGAGAAGACAGAAAGAAGAAGAAACAGAAAAAUAGCAAGCGUAUGGUAAGAGCAGAGAGAAAAGAAUAAUUGCCAGGGAAAUAGAAAGACAAUGAAGCCAGAUGGACAUACUGUGAAAAGAACAAAGGGACAAUUAUAAAGAGUCAGGAGAACCAAUCGAAAGACAGUGAAUAGAAUGGUUUGGGAUAUAGAGAAUAUUUGCAGGGGUCUAAAAUAAACUGUGGCCAUUUGAGUGGAGAAGUGUAAGUAUCAGCUUGUGAAAGUGCGGGCAAGUGGAGACCAGGCUGAGGUCAGAGUCAGUGAGGAACCUGUAAGGAGAUAAAAUGAGAUUUGCAGCACAUGGUGGCAGCCUGAGCCGAGGCACCAGCAGCAGCACGCCGGGCAAAGUUAGUAAAGAGGGAGCCAAAGUCUGAAGAAGAGAGAGAUUAUAAGGAGACUGGAGCAGCCCUCUUAGUGCCCAGAAUUCAUUUUUCUUAGGGCAUCGCCAACCAACAAGCUGUGAGAAGAGCGUGGAUUGUUACCCUGAGGAGUGAUAAGAGAUUAUAGUGCUAAUGCUAAGUUAACGUGGAGAAUUAUUGAAGCUCUAUACUGCUAUUAGUGUCUUGCUGCCGACACAAAGACACAGGUAUCUCAGUGUGGAAACUGCGUGAGAAGUAAAGAUCCCACUGCCGGCACCGCUCAGAUUGUAUAGUAUCCUCGAAAGAUUUGUUUCUACAGGACUACAAAGAACUGCAACUGCAUUCAAUACCUAAAACCAAAGACUGCUACUAAAUCAAGACCACAAAAGGGCACUUAAAAAAAGACAAUAUUAAAUCUUUGCCCUAUUUAUUUUGUAGCACUGAUUAUUUUAUUUUUCAGCAAGUUUCAGUAGCAGUAUCUGAGUGCUGCAAAAUUCUGAGGACCACACAACACGGCCUUUAGAUUGAAGAGCACCAUUUCAGGAAAUGAGCGUGGACUUAUGAGAUACAGUUAUGUCUCCAGUUGGGUCUCCGAUUGCCGCCCUGGAGGGCCUUAGCUGAGGAGUGGCUUGUGCUACAGAGAAAAUAGAUUCUCUCCUUUAGCAUCUAGCACAUAUUCCCAAGAUUUGUCAUGGAUACUAUCCGUAGCAGUAGGUACAGCAUUGUGUCCACUGAUGAAGAAGGCCUUCGCAUGCCAUCUUUGGGGGCCAAUGGUAACUGGACCUCUUCUCUCCACCAUCCCCAUUCACGGCGAAAACGGCGCAACCGAUUUGUAAAAAAGAAUGGUCAGUGUAAUGUCUACUUUGCUAACCUUAGCAACAAGUCCCAGCGUUACAUGGCAGAUAUCUUCACCACAUGUGUAGAUACCCGUUGGCGUUACAUGCUGCUCAUCUUUUCUGCCACCUUCUUGGCCUCCUGGCUAUUUUUUGCCUUUCUUUUCUGGUGCAUUGCUUUUCUGCAUGGGGAUCUGGGCACUAGCAGUGGAGUGAUAGCCGGGGGUAGGCAAGGACCACCAAAACCAUGUCUGAUGCAUGUCAACAGUUUUGUGGAGGCAUUUCUCUUUUCUGUAGAAACACAGACUACUAUAGGCUAUGGAUUUCGCUGUGUAACAGAUGAAUGCCCAUUAGCCAUUCUUGCUGUGGUGGCUCAGUCAAUACUUGGCUGCCUGAUUGACUCUUUCAUGAUUGGAACAAUUAUGGCUAAAAUGGCUCGACCCAAAAAAAGGGCACAAACAUUGCUAUUCAGUCACCAUGCUGUCAUUGCACUAAGAGACGGUAAGCUGUGCUUAAUGUGGAGGGUAGGUAACCUUCGUAAAAGCCACAUUGUGGAAGCUCAUGUGCGGGCACAACUGAUUCGACCCUAUGUUACCCAAGAAGGUGAAUAUCUUCCCGUGGAUCAACGAGACCUAAAUGUAGGAUAUGACAGUGGCUUAGACCGCAUCUUUUUAGUCUCUCCUAUUAUUAUUGUUCAUGAGAUUGAUGAGGAAAGCCCACUCUAUACAAUGGGUAAAGAGCAGCUAGAGGGAGAAGACUUUGAGAUUGUUGUCAUUUUGGAAGGUAUGGUGGAAGCCACAGCUAUGACCACUCAAGCCCGCAGCUCCUAUCUAGCUAGUGAGAUACGCUGGGGACAUCGAUUUGAGCCUGUAGUAUUUGAGGAGAAAAAUCACUACAAAGUGGAUUAUUCCCAUUUCCAUAAGACAUACCAAGUUCCAGGUACUCCUGUUUGCAGUGCCCGUGAACUACAUGAAAGUCGCAUUACUGUAUUACCCUCUCCGAGCGCCUUCUGCUAUGAGAAUGAACUAGCACUUUUGAGCCAAGAAGAAGAUGAAGAUGAGGAAGCAGCUGGUGGCAUGCCAGAUGAAGGAGUUUUACAUGUCAUGGGAAGUCACAUGGAGCUAGACCGUCUCCAAGCAUCAAUGGCAUUAGAUAAUAUUUCCUAUAGGAGGGAGUCAGCCAUAUGAUGCCAGAGAUCAUUUAUGAAAGCUUCCUUACCAGUGUUGGCAUGGCUUUCUUAUGUCUAUGCCAUGCAGAGUGUUUUAAUAAAUUUGUCUGUCUGCAGACUACAACCCUAUGAAGCCCUACAAAUGUCUGUUCUGAACAUAUUCCACAAAGUUUGUUCGGUCUUUACAAACAGAAGGUAAAUGUGCUGUUUGCAAAAGCCGAGACAAUAAUGUUCCUGGUGGUCAAAUAGUAAGACAACGUGAGAAAGGUCACAUAUUGAGGACCUGCGGGCUGUUAAACAUUGUAUUGAAAUAUUUUGUACAAGUAUGAACUAUAAAUAAAUCUUGACUAUGUGCUCUUCCAAAUUCCA